UAUUCAGCAGAGCUCUUGGAAUGUGACAACGUUUUAAAAUGACACUUCAUAGGGUCAUGAAUAGAACCUAAUCAGGCAAAAUAUAAUCAAUCAUCAGAUGCAAUUAGAGUCAUAUUGCAUUUAUACUGAGUGUAGUUGAAGUUGUGGAAUUUACAGUUCAACAAAGUACAUUUACUUACAUAAACUUAUUUGAUCCUGUGAAGUUUAUUUUAAGUAGCAUUAGGUAAAGAGAUAACUGGUUUUCAGUGAACCUGAUUUUUGCAAGCACUUAGGGUUGAGAAUUAGUACAUGAACUGAAUAGGUUCUGAGUUUGAUUAUUUUCUAACCAUUGCUCAUUUGACAGUGUCUCGCAUGAUAUUCUUGUGGAUAAGAUGGAAAAAUGGGAGCUGGUGUCAAUAUCAAUUUACAAAUACAAUAAAGCAUUUAUUCUCCAAACUUGUUCCAUUCAAUACCCCUGUCAGUUUAAAAAAAAAACAACAAAAUAGGCUUUGCCAAUCAAAUUUUGUAUAUGACACUAAAUUGGGAGGGAUAGUGAACAUACACUACAGAGUGAAAGAAUCAGGAUUUAAAAUCUUUUGAGAAGGUGAAGUAAUGGGUACAUGUAUGGGUCUGAGGCUUCCCACCCUCAUCCCCUAAAACAAGUGAUUUAAAAGAAAUGUCUGUUUCUUUGAGUAAUCAAAUCUGAAAUUUAGUCUCCCAACUUAAUCCUCCAACACCCUUCUUGCAAACUUCAUCCAAAAUGUCUAUCAUCCCAGGCUCUAAUACACAUUCAAAUUUUGGAAUUUGCUCUUCCCUCUGCCUUGAGCGCCCACCCUCUUUACUGUAUAAUAGGCUAUUCAUCCUUUAGCACAACUCUAGGGCGAGAGGGAGAUGCCAGUCCCUGGCAUAAGGUGGGUAAACUUGGCAUUCAUGCCCCAAUUGUUGGCAACACUCUUUCCUGCUAAUCCCUGUGGUAGAUUCAUAAUCUCGAAUACCACAGUCUUGGUCAGCCUCUGAAGUUGGCACAUGAGAAAAAAAUCUCUUUGCCAUCUGGGCCUAGAGGAAGCAAAUGCUUUUUCAAAAUAUUGCAAAUUGCCUGCAUAGUAGUCAAGGGGGAAUCCUAUUAAUAUUAACUAAUUAGAUGCUGUUGGGAGUAAAAUAGAGUAACUGUGAACAUGCAAAUAUAGUAUGCAAAUCAGGAGAGAUACUAGAAAACUUAAUGUAUAAGGUUUCACACCUCUUUCAGGCUAAGUCAUUAUUCUGGGAAAUCAAUUAAUAUAUUAUGUUUCCUUGUGUCAUAAGAGAAAAAAGAUCAAUUAUACAUUUGCUUAAAAGAAGAUGCUAUAUUUAGAAAACAAGUUGGCCAGAAAAAAUGAAGAACUUUUGACUUUAGAAACUUUAGAGUAAAAGAAUGGACUAUGUCAGAGUCUGGGUGGAGCUAAUGUGUCAAAUAGUUGUGUGAUUGCGUCUGGGAGACCAGUUGCACCUGCAGCAUGGCUGACCAGCUGAAGGAAGAGCAGAUUGCAGAAUUCAAAGAAGCUGUUUCACUGUUUGACAAGGAUGGUGAUGGAACUCUAACAACAAAGGAAUUGGGAACUGUCACAUGGGCUGUUGGGCAGAAUCCCACAGAAGCACAGUUACAAGAUAUAAUUAAUGAAGUAGAUGCUGAUGGUAAUGGCACAAUUGACUUUCUGGGAUUUCUGACAAUGAUGUCAAGGAAAAUGAAAGACACAGAUAGUAAAGAAGAAAUUAGGGAAGCCUUCCAUGUGUUUGAUGAGGAUGGCAAUGAAUAUAUUAGUGCAGCAGAGCUUCACCAUGUGAUGACAAACCUUGGAAAGAAGUUAACAGAUAAAGAGGUUGAUGAAAGAAUCAGAAAAGCAGAUAUUGGUGGCGAUGGUCAAGUGAACUAUGAAGAGUUUGUACAAAUGAUGACAGCAAAGUGAAGACCUUGUACAGAAUAUGUUAAAUUUCUUGUACAAAAUUGUUCAUUUGCCUUUUUUUGGUAACUUAUCUGUAAAAGGUUUCCCCCUACUGUCAAAAGUACUAAUAAUUAGGAUUUCUUUCCUCCAUGUUUUCUUCCCUUACCUUACUGUCAUUUUCAUGAAACUUUACUUUAGAAAAUUGAUCAAGUAAUGUUGCAUGUGGCUUAUUCUGGAUAUGUCUAAGAAACUCUGCACAUCUAAACUAAGAUGGAGUUGGUCAAAUGAGGGAACAUCUGGGUUUUGCCUUUUUUUUAAGGUUGUUUUCUUUAGGAAUUGUCAACAUGUUGAAGUGUGGAGUUGUAACUGCGUGGACUAUGGACAGUCAAAGAUAUGUGCUAAAGUUGCACUAUUGCAAAAUGCGUGUAUUAUCCAGGUACUUGUAUACUAUUUUCUGGUACUGCUGGCUCUGAACCAGAAACAUUUUCUUUUGUUGUUUCUUGCUUUUUAAACUUUAUUUAGCCACUUAAAGAAAAUGUGCUUAUGGCACAGUUUGUCUCAAAUUCACUCCAAGUUGUUGUAUUUGUUGGAAUACAUUUGUAUAUUGUAUAUUUGUUUUCCAAUUAAAAAAUUAAAAUUAAAAAAAUGAAUGGACUAUAUCAGACAUUUAUCAUAAUCAGUUU